AAUAAUUACCUGCCCUGAUUGUUCUAUGAGAAGAUAAAAAGUACACAUACAGUUCAUACAAUAAUCUUAUGAAUGUAAAAGAGGGGGGAACCAUGUCGGCUUCUGGCCCCAUAAGCAACUACUAUGUUGACUCCUUGAUAAGCCACGAGAACGAAGAGCUCUUGGCCUCCAGGUUCCCCGGCUCUGCCUCCCACCCGGCUGCCGCCCGACCGUCAGGAUUAGUCCCGGACUGUGCCGACUUCCCGUCCUGCAGUUUCGCCCCCAAGCCGGCCGUUUUCACCACCUCGUGGGCUCCCGUCCACUCCCAGUCCUCCGUGGGCUACCACCCCUACGCCCCGCAGGCGCCCGUGGGGGCCGAGCCCAGGUACAUGCGGACUUGGCUGGAGCCCCUCGCCGGGGCCGUCUCCUUCCCGGCCUUCGCCCCCGGGGCUCGCCCCUACGGCCUCAAGCCCGACGCCUUCCCGGGGCGGCGGGCAGAGUGCGGCCCCGCCGACGGCCGCGGCUACGCGGACUACAUGUACGCGGCUCCGGGGGAGCUGAGAGACAGAGCAGCGCAGACAAUUCCUUCCCCGGAGUCCGAAGCCAUCGCUUCCAGCAAACACAAAGAAGAAAAGCACGAAUUAGACCCUAACAAUCCCGUCGCAAAUUGGAUUCAUGCGCGCUCCACGAGGAAGAAAAGAUGUCCUUACACAAAGUAUCAGACCCUGGAACUGGAAAAAGAGUUUUUAUUCAAUAUGUACCUUACACGGGACCGAAGGUACGAAGUAGCCAGAGUCCUUAAUCUCACUGAACGCCAAGUCAAAAUCUGGUUUCAGAACAGGCGAAUGAAAAUGAAGAAAAUGAAUAAAGAAAAAACCGAUAAAGAACAACAAUAAAGUUGGCAAAGUCCAGUCAAUGAGAAACGAGGGUGGAGAGAAAGAAAGAAAGAAAGAAAGAAAAAAAAAAAAAAAAAAGAAAGAAAAAAGAAGAGAAAAUAAAAAAAGAGGAUGGUUUUGGGGGUUGAAAUGUUUCUGACUUUGAAUGUGCGGAUGAAUGUUUUAGCUUUAUAGGCAAACACAGCAAGCGUUUGGGGACACGAGUCUUUUCUAAAAUGCAACUAAAUAAAAGAGAGAUGUUGGGGGGGUUUGUUUUCUCUUCCUUUCUUCUUCCUUGUUUUGUCCUCCUCAGAAAACAAACACAAGAAGUACUUGAAUUUUUUUGUUUUUAGUAUUUUAUUUCAUAAAUUAAACUUAUCCAGUAUUUUUAUUUUUUAAUUCCGCGAGCUCGUGAGUGAAUAUUUUGUACAAAAGAGAGGAAAAAGAGACAAAAAAAAAAAAAAGACUGAAGGGAUUAUGGCUCAAUGAUGUUCUGUCAUGGUGUUGAACGUUUCUGCUGUACUUAUUUGUGUAUUUUAUUCUCGUCUCAGAACCGUUCUGUAAUAUUGUUAUGAGCAGCUCUAUGUAAAUAUACCUAACGUCACGGGGAAAGACAAAAAAAAAAAAACAACAAAGAGAGAAACAAAAAAAUCAGUAUUUAGGUGUCUUUUUCUUUAAAGCCCUUUGCAGAGGAGCAGCCCCGGGGCUUUGCCGGUGCCGGUAUCGGUGCCGGUGCCUCGGCGGGGCGGACCCGAGCAUCCCCCGCAGCCGAGAGCGGAGCUUUCUGCUUCCUUCCCCAGCCCUUUUCUAUUUCAAAGUAGCAUAAUAAAAAGGCGCUGAGGUAAGGGUUAUAUGUGCCAUCAAUUUUGAGAUUGGGAUAAUUAAUUGUACUAAUUUAUGACCCCAGGCAAUCGAAGGAUAUGUAAAAAGACUAAAUAUGGAUGCUGGGAAUAGAGGAGCUGGCAAAGGAUCCGCUCGCUGCCAUCCGCUCAAGGGGGAGCUUCUGCCUUAUCGAUGGGGCUGCCAAAACUUGGAGGGUUGCUGGAAGUGCUGCUUCUCGCUAGACAGCUCAGGAGAAGUGGAAAAAUUAAAUGCUUGGGCUGGAGAAAGGGGGGAAAAGAAGUGCCUGGGGUGGAGAAGGGCUGGUGGGGGGGAAGAAAAAAAGCAGGCGAAUGAAGAAAUAAAUGUGUAGUGGCGAUGCGGCAGACUGCAGAUUAAAAAAAAUACAUAUAAAAAAAGAAAAAAAAAAGGGGGGGGAGAGACAAAGCUCCCCCUCCCUUAGCCCUACAAGGGGAGAUUAAAAAAAGGGGGGGGGGAGAAAAGGGUUGUUGGCUGCGAAAAGGUCAACACAUCCCCCCCCGCCCCCGUCCCCGCCAGGGCGAGAUGGGUCUGGUGCUGCAGAGGCGAGAAACCGCUGCCCACAGCGCAGGGAGCCGGGAUUUAUCACUGGCUCCUUCUCUGGGCGCUUUCCAGGCUGCUGAAUGAGAAACAAGAGGCAGGAGAUUGUAUAAAAAAUGAGCAGCGAGGGAUGUUUAAUCAUAAAAACUUGUUAUAGGUCCCUUUCUUUAAUGAAAUGAGUGGAGCAGCGUUUUAAUCUUUCUAAUCAAAACCAGAUCAGGCGAGCGAGAUACGUUUGUCGCCCUCAUCCCAGUUCCUCCGAAAUCAAAAAAUCUGGAAGCGAUUACUUCUGGUGAUCUCAUAAAAUAUUGCU